UUUUUAUUCACCUCUCUUCUCCUUCCCCAAUUCAUUCUCUGCAGCACACCACACCAGAUGUAUUCAACCCUACCUCUCUUCGCCGCCAGUCCGCUUCCUCUCUCUUCGGGAGCCUUCAAUUCCGCUCCCGAUAACCUCCACUUCGCCACAAGACCCGUCUCUUGCCGAGCUUCUGUUCAGACUUUCGCUGACGAGACGGGGAAGGCGCAGCGGCAUGGGAGCCUCUACGAGGUUUUGAGAGUGAAGAAAACGGCGUCGUUUACGGAGAUCAAGACAGCGUAUCGGAGUCUGGCUAAGGUUUACCAUCCGGACGCUUCGGAAUCGGACGGCACAGAUUUCAUCGAGCUACACAACGCCUACACCACGCUUUCCGAUCCGGCCGCCAGAGCGGUCUACGAUUUGUCCCUCGGCGGACCACGGAGGAGACCGGCGUUCGCCAGGGGACAAUACUCUCGGGUUUACCCGACCCGGAGAUGGGAAACGGAUCAGUGCUGGUAGGAGAUUUUCUGGUUUUUUGUUGUUUGGCACUGGGAAAUGGUUUAGAUUUAGCUAUACAACCAUGCACUCCUCCCUGGCACGUAGGCGUCAGAAUAUGUAAAUUCUUUUUAUCCAAAUUUCCACAGUAAAUAAAUUUUUGUUUUUACAGA